GGCGGAUAUUUAACUCGCGUUAGCCUUGCUGCAACCUGUGGCGGUCAACCUGAGGGGCGAGGGCGUAUAUACCGGUAGCUGCCUCUGCCUGCAGAGUUGCUUUCUUCUGACACGUGUGGAGAUCAGCAUAAUGCUGCUAGUUGAUCCAGCCUCCACUUGCCUUUCCCCUACAGUGCACUAUAUGGUUUGUGAAGCUGGAUUUGAGAUAAAAGCAAACCUUUCUACUAGUAGCAUUGUGUCUGACAAAGGUGAGAUACACUGGAGAACAAUCACAGAACACAUACAGUAUGGAGAACCAGAUCAAACUGUGGAUUAUGUAAAAAGUGUGAGAUCUUUAGGACCCUUGUGUGAAUCUCUUCACUUACAUCUACAAUCCCUUACCAGGGAGCAAUUUGAAGACCGGUUUGUGAUCUGGUUCCAGUGGACAAACUGCUCAGAGGUAUUUCUUGAAACGUUUGACGCUAUAAAGAGUCCACAUGCUACAGCCAUUGCACUGAGCUUAAUGAAGCUUACGGCAUGUUUGGAACGAGCCUUGGGUGAUGUGUUCUUAUUACUUGGCAAAGACUGCCCUUUUCUCCUGCGAGACUUGCUUGUGUCUCAGGAACUUGCCACAGUCUUCGGGCAAUCAGUGAUGGAUGUUCUCAGAGUGUUCGUUGGAUCUCCGGAUGGUCUCAAUCUUCGUAAUCUUCUGUGGCAUGGAUUUGCAUCACCCCAGGAAAUUCCUGUGAAAUAUUCCUCUAUGCUGCUUUGUUUAACGGCAGGAUUGGGACAACUGCUAAAGACUUACCUCCAGCAAACUCGGUCUACUUUAGUUCAUCGACCUUACGUGUCUUUCAGCAACUUGAAAGAGCUGCACGUUUUUCCAGAUCUUAAUCAUGAAUUGCUGUCUUUGGCUGAUGAAUUAGUAAUCAAAUCAAAUAUUGUAUUAAGAACCAUGUUGCCUUUUUGGAUUACUGCACUAUCGUCAUUUAGACAACGCAGGUAUGCAGACUGUGUUAUACUGUUACUACCUCAGCUGGAGAGUGGGCUUAGGUUGCUUUUCACAAAAGUUAAUAAAUGUCCUAGCAGACUAAUAACAGCUGAGUCAUCUUCUCUUUAUACCACUUUCGAUGAGAUGCUAGCAAAACAGUUGCAUAAUGAAGAAGCCAAUCAGCUUCCUUUAGCUCUUGGUGAAUCAGCAAUGGAAUUUCUGUGGGAUUUCUUGAACCACCAAGAAGGCCCACGUGUUAGAGAUCAUCUGAGCCAUGGAGAGAGCAGCUUUAAUGUUUUCCCGAGAGAAAUAGCCAAUUCGAUUCUUGCAUUUUCUAUUACCCUUCUGUGCAGAUUUCCCAAAGGUGACAUAGCUGCAGUCAAGGAACACUCAUUCCUAAAACCACUUAUGAGCUGUGCAGAUUGCUAUUGUUCCCAAUUUCAUCCAAUAGCCCAACUUAAGAAACAGGUACUGAAGUGCAUAAAAAGCAUUCAUUCAUGGUCUGUUCUUCCUAUAAUGCCUGAAGAGCAAGUUCAAGAAAUUGGAAGGUCAGGAAAAGAUGAUGAUGAUGAUGUUCCUUGUACGUUUGCGACUACUGAUAUUUUAUCUCAACUACAACCCUACUUGUCUCACAGUAUCAGACUUCUAGGUGAUCCUGGGGAGGACGUUAUAACUGAGAAGUUAUUGGCUGAUCUCUGCAGCAGGCAUGUUCAUGUCCUCUUCUGCCCACGAUCUGUCCUAGAGAUUGUUGUGGUGCUUCGUCAGAUAAGCAGCCAGUGCCACCAAGUGUCAUGUCAAGUCAUUUCCACUUGUGAAACCAGGUACAAGCAGUGGGCAAACAAAUCGCUGAGAUCACGCCAGAGGCACAACUAUCUGCGCAUGAGAAGGAGUAUUAAAUUUCUAUCUCCGGUCUUGCAACUAAUUUUAAUCUUGAUUACGCUGGAACUAAUCCAUGUCCAUACUGCUGGUGAACAGAAUGCUCCUGGAUAUCAACGGUACCUAAAGUUUCUAAAGCUGAUCUUGAAGUACACGGAGAAUUUGGUGACUUACACAAGCCCGGGGAAAAAUAAAUGGGAAGAAACGACAGAGCUUACGCAGGACGCUUUGCUGAAAAUCAGAACUUUCUUAGGGAAGCAGCAAAUGCUUGUGCAGUUGGCUAAUUUGUAAUGAAUGUAUGCCUCAUUAGACAUUUGCAGCUUUCAGUUUAAUGGACAUGUCUGACCUGUUUCUACACCUGUCCCAAGUUCACAUUGCCCAAAGUUAACAAUCAGCAACAGUCUGCAGGAGGUGUCUUUUUCCCCAUUAGGAUGAAUAAUCACAUUUUGUGGACCAAGAACAUGUUAACCGAGCCAGAACUGGGAAUCAGCCUGACUCCUCCUUUUUCACAAGGUACUGUUCAUUUGCUCUGCAAUGUAUUUUAUAAUAACGUGAAUGUAAUCUGACAACUCAGAGGAGUGUAAGACACAUUUUUAAAAUUCUCUUAAUAAACUCCCUUGAUUUUGUUUUUUAUCUUGCCUUUGGAGUGGAUGAGAGAAACAAAGUACCAUCAGAAGGCAAACAUGACAUAUGCUGUCCCUCUUUGCUUUUUCCACUCUUUGAUUAAUAUAUUUAAAAAUUGAUUUUGUAUUUUUAAAAUUCAAUAUUCGUUUAAUUCCUGUCGGCCAAAGGAAAGGUUCACUCUUCUACAGCAUCUGCUGACAGCUACCCUCGUAAAUCCUGCUUUGUCAUAUAUACGGUACUGUAUCUUGCCUGUUAAGGUACAACUGCAAUUAACAGGAAUAUGCACAAGGUGGCAAUGUUGCAUAAUUUAAAUAACAUCACAGUUUUUCACCUUUGCAUCUGUUCCUGCCCAAAUGGUGACAAAUUCUUCUUCACAUUCUAUAGACCUUCCUCACAGGGAUGUUUCCCACUCCCCUGCAAAUUUAAAAUGGAAUACCACUAUGUUCAAUUCCUUUUGUUUUCUUGUGCUGGAAGAAAUCAAGUCAUGCUUCUCUCUCAAACAUAUUUUAGUUUCCCCCUGCCAGAAAUUUAUGUUCUACAAUAUUCUCUCAGCUUAAACUACCUUACAAGGUUGUUUGGUGAAUAAAAUGGGGAGGGGGUGAAGAACUAUGUUCACCACCAUGGGCAAUUUAGAGGAAAGGUGAAAUAGAAAUAAAUAAAAUGUGUAAACCUGACUUAGAUGAUUUGCUAAUAUUCACUUAAUUGAGAUGAUCUCAUUUUCUAACAAAGUGCUAAUCAAGCGUUUCUCAGACUUUAUGAAGCAGUUUCUCUCCCCCCCCCCCCCCCGGCUGUCUUAAAAUGCUAGAUUCCCCCCAUGCCUAUUCCCAAAUAAACAAACCUAACUGGGGGUGCUUCCAGAUGGUAGCUGUUUUUUUGGUGGAAUUCAAUCAAAUUCAGGUUGCGCAGUUACAGUAGACUGGAAGGCCUUGUGCAACAAAUCUACUUUCACCCAAAGACCAGACCUUUUUCCGUUAAGGGAAGUGACAUGGAAGGGAAGUGUGGGACAAUGCUUCGUCACAUCAUAUAACCUCCCGGGAAACAAAUCAGAACAAAUGCUCAUUAAAUAGCCAACAUAGUAUAAUCUCCGUGCAGACAAGCCAUGAUGGAUGUGCUCAAUAAACAGGCAAUCUGGUAGCUCCCAGUUAUAUAUGUCUAGCUCCUCUCUCCCUCAUGGUCAAACUUGUAUGGGUGGUAUUCAACUAUGCUUUGCUCAGCACAGGCCUAUUGAACUUAAUUAACCUAACUUAGUUGUGU